AUGGGUGUCAUUUGGGAUCUUCUUGAGCGGGCAGCCUGCCUCGCUAUCACUGCUGUCGCUCUUUUGGAAGGCCGUGCUGGCGCCACCUUCAACGGCACGCCCUCGGUCUUGACCGAGCAAGGUCUGGUCAGGGGAUUUGUGGAGAGCGACACCAAUGUUUUUCUGGGAAUCCCCUUUGCGCAAUCGACUGCGGGUCAGAAUCGGUGGAAGGCUCCUCAGAGCUUAACCAAGUCCGCUACGGCUGAGUUCGAUGCGACCUCCUAUGGCCCUUCGUGUGCGCAGGCUAUGUCCGGCAACAAAAUCGUUGCCCAGGGCGAGGACUGCUUGAACCUAAAUAUCUGGACCCCUCAGAACGGCUCUAACCUACCCGUCUUUGUCUACAUCUAUGGUGGUGCGAUGGUCACUGGUGGCAAUAGCAAUGCUCAGUGGCAGGGACACAACUUCGCUCGCAAGGAUGUGAUCUACGUAAACGUCAACUACCGUGAGAGCAUUUAUGCUUCUCCCAACGCUCCCGAGCUCGACGGCCAGUCGCAGAACUUCGGCAUCCUCGAUAUCGAGAUGGCGUUGCAAUGGGUUUACGACAAUAUCAGAGGAUUUGGUGGUGAUAAGACCCGCAUUGUUUUGGGUGGUCACUCCUCCGGCAGUGUUCAUGUUGAUCAUUACCUGUGGAAUCAUCCCAAGACAUUCCUGGCGGGCGCCAUCGAAAUGUCCGCCAAUGCCGAGUCGGGACCCGCCAUCGCCCCUUCCGGCGUCGCCUUGACCCAAGUGGCUCAGGACAUUGAAGCCGCCGGUGUUACACUCAGCUGUGACUCCAGCAACCCGACUCUGGAUUGUCUUCGUGAGGUAGAUGUGUACGGAAUCCAGACGUCCUACUUCAACUCGACCUCCAACACCUGGUUCUCCCCGAUUGUGGAUAACAUCACCCGCUUCGCUGACUACAAGUCGCGCUUCACCGCUGGCAACUACCCCAAGUCGGUCCCCUUGAUUGUCGGCAACUCCGACCAGGAGGGCAAGCUCUUCGGUAUGGUUUACUCCAGCGAGAACACCGAUUUCUCCAAAUGGAUCAACACCUUCGAUGCCGACAUGGCCCAUGUGCCGGAUGACGAGCUCCUGGCAGCCUACAACGCCUCGGACUAUGAAACGGUCUCCCUCAUGAGCGGCGCCUCCUACGGAGACGCUCGAUUCUUCUGUCCCACCGACUACCUGAUCGACGUCCGUGCCAACGAGCAGCCUACCUGGGUGUACCGUUGGUUCGGUGAUUACGACAACGUCAUAGGCAUCUCAGGCAUCGGCGCAUCGCACGGAAGCGAAGUGCCUUUCUUCCACGGAGGCAACGAGUGUUUCUCGAAACUGACCGACGUUACAGAGGCGGAGCAGGCGUUGGCUGAUUACAUGAACGACUGGUUUGUUGCCUGGAUCAAGAACCCCAGCGCGGGACCUGGCUGGGACCAAGCCAAGCCCACCAACGGGCCCUUGGCGAAGCUCGGUGUUCCUGGCAACGAGCUGGCCAUUGAAAUCGGAAGCACCGGCGACUACAACGGCCGCUGCCAAUCCGUGUUCAACCCCAACAUCCCCAAGUACCCGGUGGUCCAGAACCCGGUCACCCUGGCCGCAUCCUCCUAA